GGUCUUUGGACAGCCCAGCUUCUAAUGAUGUGGCAGACGGCAGUUAUCGCUUUACUCUUCAGCUGCACAAUGAUUGCACAGACCAGCAGCACAAACACUUUGAAGCAUCUGAGGAGUGCACCAUUAAAUAGCCCCCUGCCAAGACAACGUGUCAACCAGUUUGCCAAAGCGGCACAACGUAAUGACAAUGACACGGAUACUAGAUUGCUGCGACUCACAGAAAAACACAACAACAUGACGGAUCAUUACCUCUGCUGCCUUCAUGUUAAUAUUCUCGAUUUCUACCUCCACCAAGUCAUGCUUCCUUCAGAGCCAUUAGAGAUUAAGUAUCCGAUUUCAAGGACUGUGACCGAAGAUCUCCACAGGAUUGCUAAAGACCUGAAAAUCUGCAUGACCAAAAAUGGGAAGUAUGACCGGCACUUGCAUACCUUUAAAGAAGAAUACAAAAAGCUGGGGAGACAAGGACAGACCAAAGCUCUUGGGGAGCUGGACAUUCUGUUUGAGUAUCUGACUCGGUUCUGCCGUGAGAAGAGAAGUCAAUGAAGAAGUUGAGUGCAGGAGCCGCAGUGAAACUCUCAACCGAAAUUUAUAAGGACCUAGAGUAUUGUGCAAUUUCUCGAAUAUUCCUACAUUAGCAUUUUAAAACCUGUUGCUUAAUUAACUACUUUGAUUUCAAUCAUUACAGUUAUGAAAU